AUGGCUACUUUAUUACGUAAAAAAGUUUUUAUUAAUUUUCAAAAAACUAUCUAUUAUAAACAAAUUAAUAAUUUAAUAGUUAAUAACCGUUCACAUCGAAAUGCAGCAUUCACGCAAAGAUCAGGUUUUCACAAUUUGACAAAAAAAUAUAAUAUUUCUGUUGCAAUAACUCAAAUAUCUUCACAAUCACCACCUCCACUUGAACCAAAAAGUUCUAAUGGUAGUAACAACCAUGACAACAAUAAUAGCAAUAAUUUAAAUAAGAAAGGUACUGUGUCAAUGCCUGAUAAGAAAAAAUCAGAUGAGGUCCAAGAAAAUAAACAAAUUCCAAGAGGAUUUGAAAAUUUUUUUAAUAAACCAUCGUCGUCGUCAUCUAACAUUAAAGGUGGUGGUGGUAAAGAUGGUAAAGGUUCAGAAAAUUCAUCAAGAAAAAAGAAUAAUAAUGAUGGAAGUAAUAGAUCACAAAAUGAAAAAAGAUCACAAAGAAAACCGCCAUUUCAACAAAAAGAAUUUCAAAUGCAAUUAAAUGCCAAUACUAUACUUCCUUUUUUAAUGGCAGCUUAUGUUUUUUAUAAGGUUGUUUCUGGUAAUGAAAAUUCACGCGAGAUAACAUGGCAAGAAUUUAGAACUGCAUUUUUAAAUAAGGGAUUAGUUGAUAAGUUGGUUGUGAUAAAUAGGAAAAAAGUUAAGGUUAUCUUACAUUCAAAUGCAACAGGACAAGUGUAUCCAAAUUCUCCCUCAUUAUCAGGCGUAACAUAUUAUUUUAGCAUUGGGUCAGUGGAAGCAUUUGAAAGAAAAUUAGAGGAUGCACAAAAAGAAUUGGAAAUUCCGUCAAGUGAAAGGAUACCAGUAGCAUAUCAUGAUGAAAUUAGUAUUUUAAACACGUUAUUACAUUUUGCUCCAACUUUGUUCUUGGUUGGUGCAUUAUACUAUUUGACGAGACGCAGUGGAGCAGCAGGCUCACAAGGAAUUUUUGGGAUUGGUAAAUCCAAAGCGAAACUAUUUAAUCAAGAGGCAGACGUUAAAGUGAAAUUCAAAGAUGUAGCAGGUAUGGAUGAGGCAAAAGAAGAGAUUAUGGAAUUUGUUAAAUUUUUAAAGGAUCCAACCGCAUAUGAGAAACUAGGCGCCAAAAUUCCAAAAGGUGCGAUAUUAAGUGGACCACCUGGCACAGGUAAAACGUUACUUGCCAAAGCAACUGCAGGAGAAGCCGGCGUGCCAUUUCUAAGCGUAUCGGGGUCAGAGUUCAUAGAGAUGUUUGUUGGGGUUGGUCCAUCCAGAGUAAGAGAUUUAUUUGCUACCGCAAAAAAGAAUGCACCAUGUAUUAUAUUUGUGGACGAAAUUGAUGCGAUAGGAAAAUCCAGAGGAAAAAUUGGGCAAUUUGGCGGGAACGAUGAAAGGGAGAGCACAUUGAAUCAGUUGUUAGUCGAGAUGGAUGGGUUUGGAUCUAGCGAACACGUAGUUGUUUUAGCUGGUACAAAUAGACCAGAUGUAUUAGAUCCAGCAUUAAUGAGACCAGGUAGAUUUGAUAGACAUAUUGGAAUUGAUAAACCAGAUAUUAAGGGUAGAGCCGCCAUAUUUAAAGUACAUUUGAAACCUAUAAAAACCAAUGAAGAUAUAGAUAGAUUGGCAAAUAAAUUGGCUGCGUUGACGCCAGGAUUUUCAGGUGCGGAUAUAGCCAAUGUUUCCAAUGAAGCAGCACUUAUUGCAGCAAGGUAUCAAAAAGAAUCAGUGGGUGAAGAACAUUUUGAGCAAGCAAUUGAAAGAGUAAUAGCAGGUUUGGAGAAGAAAUCGAGGGUAUUAUCACCAGAAGAAAAGAAAACGGUAGCAUAUCAUGAAGCAGGGCAUGCAGUUGCAGGGUGGUUUUUAGAGCAUGCAGAUCCAUUAUUGAAAGUUUCAAUAAUUCCAAGAGGUAUAGGAGCACUGGGGUAUGCACAAUAUCUACCAAAAGAUCAAUAUCUCUAUUCAACUUCACAAUUAUUAGAUCGUAUGUGCAUGACAUUGGGUGGACGUGUAUCAGAACAAAUAUUUUUUAAUGUAGUGACUACAGGAGCACAGGAUGACCUACAAAAGGUUACAAAGAUUGCCUAUGCACAAGUGUCAAUGUAUGGAAUGAAUGCCAUUAUAGGACCACUUUCAUUUAAUAAUCCAGGCGAUAACGAACCACAAUUCCAGAAACCAUAUUCGGAAGAAACAGCUAGAAUGAUAGAUGAAGAGGUGAGAAAGUUGGUGAGAACGGCAUAUGAAAGAACUGUCCAACUGUUGACAGAGAAAAAGAAUGAUGUUGAAAAAGUUGCAAAACUAUUAUUAUCAAAAGAAGUAUUGAAUAGAGAAGACAUGAUAAAUUUAUUGGGUAAAAGGCCUUUUGCAGAUAAGAACCCAUUCGAAGAUUACCUUAAAGACAAACAAUCGCCGCCUACAACACCACCAUUAUCUAAUUAA